AGGAAGCAUUUUCACCGGUCAUUGUAGGAACACGGACACGUUUUGUCGAACACCAGAACUGAUUGUGUUUCUAUUACACAAAUGUUCAACCAAUGCUCUGAAGAAUGAUAUAAAUCGCACCGAAGCUACUGUGUGUAAAUAAGUUUUGAGCUUUUAAUGAGUGAUAAAAGGCAGCGAGCGAGAGUCCAGGGCUCCUGGGCCAAACCUCUUCACAAACCACAACAGCCAACUGCUCAACAUGUCCCUUCGGCAGCAGAAUCGUGGAAAUGUGGACCGCGAUCAUUUGAGUUCCAUCAGCCAGUAGAUCCCAUCAGAGAGAUUCCUGUAGAGAAAGUGAUCGAAAAUGCUGGUGACUAUGAGAUUAGUCAAGGGCCUACUGGUGUCUCCAGACUGCGACUCAUACCAGGGUUUCUACAGCAGGAGGAGGCCGACUGUAUGUUUAGCAAGCUACUCGCUGAACUGCCAUGGUCACAAAAGACCAAUUAUAGGAUGAUGGGUGAUGCAUAUGAGGAACCCAGGCUCACUUGUUGGUAUGGAGAGUUGCCGUAUACAUAUUCACGCUCCGCUAUGCAGGCCAAUACUCAGUGGCAUCCAGUUCUCACCACUUUAUGUCUGGGCGUUGAGCAGAAGAGUGGUCACAAGUUUAACUCAUUGCUGUGUAACCUGUACCGGGAUGGUAAAGACAGCAUUGGCUGGCACAGUGACAACGAGCCAUCAUUAGGACCCCAGCCCAUCAUCGCCUCUCUGAGUCUGGGCGACACUAGAGUGUUCAGUCUCCGAAAGCAGCCACUUCCUCACCAGGUGGCAAAGGAGUACCAUGACCGUGGGCCUCGAAUAAACCUCACGUUCCGCACCAUAUACCCAGAGCCAGAGCGUCCCAGCGGGAGAUUUGUGAGAUGAUCACUAGGAGAAGAGAAGAAGAGACUGCGGGUUUGAAGAGAUCUGAAGAGGUCUGUCUCAUUCACAGAGCACCAGUGAUGACUUAUAUACACAACAGACUACACAUAAUUUCUGUUCAGUUUAAUUAUUUAUUUACGUGUGGAAGUUCACUUUUGAUCAAAGACCCUGAACAAUCAAAAAAGCAGUGCCAAGUGGCCCAUAUUUCAGUUAUGGCCCCCCAAAGGCUCUUUUUCAAGGUAAAUUGCUGUUUAAAUAUUACAUGUUGUGCAAUUUUUCGUUUAUAGCUUGUGGUGAAUAAACCCUAAUUACAUACAUUUGUUCAGUGUCAUUAUAGGGUUGGUUACGCU